AUGGCCGGUCUCAACUUGGAGGUGUUCAAGUUCGGCAUAUAUGUCAUGUUCCCCAUUGGCAUCAUGUACUACUUUGGCACGAAUCUCGACAACCGUUUCUCCGUACCCGACUUUUGGCCGCGGCCCGAAGAAUGCAACAAGCUGCCGCGCGACCGCGACGAGCUCAAGAUUGAGUACGAGCGCAUGCUCGCCCGGCAGCGCUUCAAGCAAGCACGUUUCGAGGAGCGCGCCAAGGUUGAGGGGACCGCUGGCGCUGGAAAUGACUCUUGA